UUUGUAUUAGCCUAUUUUAAACCAGAUGUUGUUAGCUCUCUGUAGUUACAGCAGGCGGUUCUUCAGAAUAGUCGCAUCUAUUUCCCUUUGUUAAUUUGCCUGCGCUGCUUCUAUGCUAGAUGGGUUGAAUUAAUGUAGGAUAAUUAUAUUAUUGACCACAUAAUUAUCAAAAUUAUGAUUAUAUGUAAUGGCUGACGAGGUUGUGCUUUGUAUUGUCCGCCAAUAUUUCAACAGUUCUAUUUGCCGACGACGAAGGGUUAAAGAGGCGCAGUCGCCACCACUGGUAAGCAGAAGUCAUCAAUGUUGAGCGCACAGACCACUCUCCUCCAGAGCGAUCACACCUCAACGAACUAUUACGGACGUUACCCUACGUUUUCUUCAACUAGACUACUGGUUUCUCUCUGUUGCUUCCAUCGGGUGCACGGACACAGGGAAGAAUAAGGCCAGGAGGAGAGAAAAAAAGGACGCAACUAUGGCAAAACCAAGGUUCCUUGGCAGGCUGACCGACUCCCCCUCCCCAGAGUCUGCAAUGACAAAUGAGAAGAAGUAACCUCUCGUCUUGCAAUUCACCUGAGAGGAUAUCAUUUUUGACAGUUCAAGGGACGUAAACAAACACGGGCUCCUCUCCUUGGAAACUGGAAACUGUCUCGCGAUCCCCCCCAAAUAAAGUGGACGCUCAUUUCUAGAACGCUACUUUUCACUUAAAGGACUGUCCACUUGGUCCAUCUCAUGAAGUUACAAAAACGUAGGUCGGGGAUUACAGUAUUUAUUAUUCUAUGACGAGGACACAGUGAAUGUCGUCCGUUUGUCGGGACUCAUCGACGUAGAGGUCAGCAUUGGCGACAGAAAGUCCAAUAACUCCAGUGGGAUAGCGUUCAGCAAAGAUGCCAGUUCGAAGGGGUCACGUGGCACCACAGAAUACUUUCCUCGAUACCAUCAUUAGGAAAUUCGAUAGUCAAAGUCGUAAGUUCAUCAUUGCCAAUGCCCGGGUGGAGAACUGCGCCAUCAUAUUCUGCAACGAUGGCUUCUGUGCCAUGUGCGGCUACUCGCGGGCUGAGAUCAUGCAGAAGCCCUGCACCUGCAACUUCCUGUACGGCCCUCACACCAAGCGGCUGGCCAUCGCCCAGUUGGCUCAAGCACUGCUGGGCUCGGAGGAGAGGAAAGUGGAGAUCAACCUCUACAGGAAGGACGGUGUGUGUUUCCUGUGUCUGGUGGAUGUGGUGCCGGUGAAGAACGAAGAUGGCCUGGUGAUCAUGUUCAUCCUCAACUUCCAGGUCAUUUCAGACGACAAACAGCCCAACCAGGACCUCAACCACAAGCUUCCCCCCUGGCUCCCCACAGGCCGGCCGCGUGGCUUCAAGCUCCGUCUGCCCUCACUUCGUUCCCUCAGCAACAGCAAAGCCUCUCUGGACGACCCAGAGACAGGGCGCCUCCCGGCCCCUGGCUACCCCAGCCACAAGUCCCUGGCUCUGGGAGAGCUGCUCUCCCUGCCCACAUUACCUCCGGGGCACAAGAGCUCCAGUAGCGCAGGCAGCAGGAGCAGGCCGGCCCUCCUGUGGCCCGAGGACCAGCGUGGCCUGCUGGGCUCAGAGCCUCCACCGUCCGCCGCCCCCUCCUCGCUGCCCCCCGGCCAGUCGCCAUCCCACAUCGCCCUCCAGACGCUCAACCCGGACGUCUCUCUGUCCAACUGCAGUCUGUCACACAGUCGCUCCCGCGAGAGCUUCUACAGCAUGCGGCGGGCGUCGUCAGUGGAUGACAUCGAGGCCAUGCGGCCGGCGUCAGACCGGAAAUACAGCACAGCCCAUCCCAUCCACAGCAGCACAGGGGCGGUGAACAACAAGUCCAACAUCCUCAACUCCACGUCGGACUCGGACCUCAUGCGUUACCGCACCAUCAGUAAAAUCCCUCAGAUCACCCUGAACUUCGUGGACUUCAGGGCGGACCCCCUGAUCACGCUGCCCGCGGGGGACAUGGACAUCAUAGCCCCCUGCAAGCUCAUCGACCGCACACACCACGUCACCGAUAAAGUCACCCAGGUGCUGUCGCUGGGUGCUGACGUCCUGCCAGAGUACAAGCUCCAGGCCCCUCGCAUCCACAAGUGGACCGUCCUCCACUACAGCCCCUUCAAGGCGGUGUGGGACUGGCUCAUCCUGCUGCUGGUCAUCUACACGGCUAUCUUGACCCCCUACUCCGCCGCCUUCCUCCUCAACGACCACGAGGAGGCAGCUAUGGUGAACUGUGGCUACUCGUGCUCGCCGCUCAACGUGGUCGACCUCAUCGUGGACAUCAUGUUCAUCGUGGACAUCGUCAUUAACUUCAGGACGACGUACGUCAACACUAACGACGAGGUGGUCAGCGCUCCACUGAGGAUCGCGGUCCAUUACUUCAAGGGCUGGUUCCUCAUCGACAUGGUGGCAGCCAUUCCCUUCGACCUGCUCAUCUACCGCAGCGGAGAGGAGACGACUACUCUGAUAGGCCUGCUGAAGACAGCCCGACUCUUGCGGCUGGUGCGCGUGGCGAGGAAGCUGGACCGCUACUCGGAGUAUGGCGCCGCCGUCCUCUUCCUGCUCAUGUGUACAUUCGCCCUUAUCGCCCACUGGCUGGCGUGCAUCUGGUACGCCAUCGGCAGCGUGGAGCGCAACGGCAGCAUUGGCUGGCUCCACACGCUGGGCGAGUCUUUGGGGAAACACUACAACGAGACGGUGCAGGGCUCGGGCCCUUCCAUAAAGGACAAGUACGUCACAGCCCUCUACUUCACCUUCUCCAGUCUGACCAGUGUGGGCUUUGGCAACGUCUCCCCCAACACCAACUCUGAGAAGAUCUUCUCCAUCUGCGUCAUGCUUAUCGGAUCUCUGAUGUACGCCAGCAUCUUUGGGAACGUGUCGGCCAUCAUCCAGAGGUUGUACUCGGGUACAGCGAGGUACCACACCCAGAUGCUGCGGGUCCGAGAGUUCAUCCGCUUCCACCAGAUCCCAAACCCACUGAGGCAGCGGCUGGAGGAGUACUUCCAACACGCCUGGUCCUACACUAACGGCAUCGACAUGAAUGCUGUGUUGAAGGGGUUCCCAGAGUGUCUCCAGGCUGACAUCUGCCUCCACCUCAACCGUACCCUCCUGGAGAACUGCAAAGCCUUCAAGGGCUCCACUAAGGGCUGCCUGCGAGCCCUGGCCAUGAAGUUCAAGACCACCCACGCCCCGCCCGGCGACACCCUGGUGCACGCCGGCGACGUGCUCACCGCCAUCUACUUCAUCUCCCGCGGCUCCAUCGAGAUCCUCCGAGGCGAUGUGGUGGUGGCCAUCUUGGGGAAGAAUGACAUAUUUGGCGAGCCCAUCAACCUUUACGGGCGAGCUGGGAAGUCUAACGCCGAUGUGAGAGCUCUGACCUACUGUGACCUCCAUAAGAUCCACAGAGAGGACGUCCUGGAGGUGUUAAACAUGUACCCCGAGUUCUCCGACCACUUCUGGAUGAACCUGGAGAUAACCUUUAACCUCCGGGAUACCAAUAUGAUUCCUGGCUCUCCAGAAAGUGACAACUCAGACUGUAUAGGAUUCAACAAACUGCGCAGACGCAAACUAUCAUUCCGGCGCCGGACAGAGAAGGAUGAUGCAGAUGCAGGAGAAAUUAAAAAGGAGAGAGACAAUAAACCACUACGGCGGAGACAGAAGGAGGCGGCCAGUAACCAGGGGGAGGGGCCUCUGAGCUCAGUGUCCUCCCACUCCAGUGGCGAUGAAGGGGAGGAGUCUGUGGUCACAUGCCCUGCCCCUCCAUCGGCUCUGCAUGAGAUGUCCCCGGCUCAGGCCACCACCCUGAACUUCAGCGACACUCCCGAGGGGGAGGGAGACCCAAAGGGGGGCAACACCUGCAAUGCACUCACAGGAGCAUUUUCAGGGGUGUCCAACAUCUUCAGUUUCUGGGGUGAGAGUCGGGGCAGUCGUGAGUACCAGGAACUGCCACGCUGCAGCCUGCCCUACCCUCCCCCUCUUAACACGCCCCUCAACAGCAUUGGCCGCAGGCAGCGCACCGAGCUGGAGAACAGACUGGACCUGCUGCAGAAGCAACUCAACAGGCUGGAAACGAGGAUGUCGACAGACAUCGGGGCAAUCAUGCAACUACUACAGCGUCAGAUGGCCCUGGUGCCCCCAGCCUACAGCACUGUGUCGUCUCCCCCUCAGGCCUCACCCUACCCUGGCCCUGGUCCUGGAGAGAGGCUGGUGCAGUCUGAGACACUGGCUUCCCUCUCACAGAUCUCACACCCCCAGGACUUUGAGGAGUUCCCCGGCAAGUUGUGUGACUCUCUCCGCAGCCCUGAUCAGCUGCACCCCCAGGACUCGCCUCUGGUCAGCCCCACCGAGACACGACGAGACACCACUGGGCUGGGCAGCUUAAUCCUGGACCUGGACCUGGACCUGGGCAGCCUGGAGCUAGAACUAGGGGCUGGGUCAGUGGCAGGGUUUGAGUCAGGGAUGCGGGCAGGUUCAGGGUUGGGGUCAGGGAUGCGGGCAGGUUCAGGGUUGGGGUCAGGGAUGCAGGCAGGUUCAGGGUUGGGGUCAGUGGAAGGAGCGAAUGGCCUGGACCCAGACACCCAGCGAAGGCUCUCUCUGCCUGAGCCACAGACGCCCCUGGACUCACAGACACCGCAGAGGCACAGCUCCGACCCUGGGGGGAGCUAAGGAGCGGUGAGGGGGAGGGAGGAGAAUAGGGACAGAGAGAGGGAAAGGAGGGGUAGCUCUGUUUUCCCUCUUUCCCAGUCACACAUCUCAUUGGGUCCGUUCCCUCAGUCCAGGCGUAAACAGACACACAUAAGGGGGCGUCCCUUUUCUCCCUUCAGCCUCUAAAACCUCACCUAUAGGCACUGAGUGUGUCUCACCUCUGACCUCUAACCUCUGACCUGAGGAGAAACCUUGUUUGGAGAGGGGGGGGAUGUCUCUCUUUUUCAGGGGUCCUUUCCCCUAUCCAGCUCCUAACAUUACCACAGCGUUACCAAACCCAGAGAGAGAGAGAGCGAGAGAGAGAGAGAGAGAGAGAGAGAGAGAGAGAGAGAGAGAGAGAGAGAAGCACAGCCCUUCUGAACUCAGUCCGGUCCAUUCUGGCCUACAGAUGACUACAGACCGCUCAGUCACAUGACUGGUUCUGUUAAGAAACGUCCCUUUACUGCUGUAUCCAGUACUGGAUUACCAUAAUGGGGAGGGGGAAAAACAAUAAUAAUUAUAUAAGUAGCCAUUAUGUUUUGCACUGAAAUUUACAGACAUUCUAUCUAACAUGUCCGUGACGCUUCCGAAAACUGGUUGGUUGGUGGACUGUAGUGUUAGCUGGCCUAACAGAAACUCUGGUGUCCUGUCCUGUCCCAUCAUUGGCCCCUUUUCCCUAAGGUCCUAAGAGCAUACUGGAUUGGCUGGUUUGCACCUCAGGGGUGGGGUUGGAGGAAGGGUUUAAAAGCCAUGACUUCUUUGAUGAACAUAUCAAAUCCCUACCAGAACCUUGUACAGAUUGCUAGAGAGGAGGAGUCUUUGUACAGUUCAAUAUGCAAACACUGGCGAGAGAGGAGUGUUGUAUCCUAUAUCUGUGUUGAUAACAUCAGAUUCAGGUUCCAAAGCUUUUUGCCCUAGUUUUGUCGGUAGUUCACAAAGCAUGGCUUAGUUUCCCCCUCUAACACCUGAAGAAGAAAAUGACCCACAUUUACCCGUCCAAAGGAUCUGACUACACAGCAAUACGCAGCCCCAGGAGAGAACACACUCCACACACGUUACAAUGUAGAUCCUCCAUCAUCUCCCCGUGUUGCUGUACUACCACAGGGGUCCUGUCUCACUCCCUCCCUCCACCUGUCCUUUCUCUGGGGAGAGUCUCUGCACAUGGUAGUUGAUGGCGGCCUACGAUACGCGGGGAACCUGAAGAUUGUAUUUAACCGCUUGCUGGUCUGAGCUUCUUAUUUAUUCAUUGGUUUUAGUCGUUUUAUGUUCUUUGUAGAUUGUACCAAAUAUGAUUUCUCGUUUUGCAGAAAGAAGAUGUACAGUUUAAACUUAUUUGGUGGAGGGAAUUGAAAUCAUAUUUUUUUUGUUGUAAAUGUGGACAGGUACCUCUCCCCACAUGUGUGUGUUUGUUUUAACAAAUGUUAUGUCAGUACAACCAUUAUAGAUGUUACUUGAGUAAUAUGACUGUUUGACAGGAGUUGCACUUUAUUAUUAUAAUUCUAAUGAUUAUUUACUCUUCAUCAACCCCGACCAGAGAUGUUAGCACUGAUGUCAGUGUUCACCCACUGGGCACAGACAUUAAUUCAACAUCUAUGUUGGUUGAAUGUAAUUUUGUUGACAUGACGUGGAAACAACAAUGAGUCAACCCAUGUGUGUCCAGUGAGCAGUAGGCUAAUAUUCUCAUCAGAUCUGAGAAGGGGUGGAGAGAAGGGGUGGAGAGCAGGGGUGGAGAGCAGGCAUGAGGUAUAGGGGGUGAGGAGAAGGGUGGAGAGCUAUUAGCUCCCAGAGUAAGAUUUAAACAGUGAGAGUUAAAGUGAGUCCCAAAGUGGUGAGUAGUGUUUGUGUGUAGUGUGUAUCCUGCACGGUGCAAACACAUUGUAUCUGUAUACAGGGAAGAAUAGAAGCAGGUGAGGUAGCUGGAGGAGGCAAAACAGUGUUUUGAAGUGAUGAGUAAUGAACAUUAAAUUACUAUAUAUAUUUAGCUUGUUAGAAAAAACUGAAUCACUAAGGCAAAGAAAUGUGUCAGGUUUCAGCUAAGACACGCAAGCAGGCACACACACACACAUGCUAUUAGGCGCACUGUUCACUGUUAAUCACUGUUAGUAAUAUCUUUGCAUGUACAAAGUGCAGUAAAACCUGUGUUAGUGAAUUGGAAGACAGAUAAUGCAUGAGUUGUGCUUUGGGAUAAUGCAUUUUAGUGUUGAACCAAAGCAACUGAAGGGAAGCAAUUACUGUAUUCUGCAUUGAAUUGAAUGGAAUGGGAACAUUGAUAAAGAGAUGGUUUUUGAUCUAAGGAGGCCAUUUAAGCUGCCUGAAGUUAAAAGCAGAGUCGAAGCGCCGAGACCAAAAGAGCCCUCUUUUCAACUGAGCUUAUUUACUGUGUCCAGUUCCAUCACUGCACUGAGCUUAUUUACUGUGUCCAGUUCCAUCACAGCACUGAGCUUAUUUACUGUGCCAGUUCCAUCACUGCACUGAGCUUAUUUACUGUGUCCAGUUCCAUCACAGCACUGAGCUUAUUUACUGUGCCAGUUCCAUCACUGCACUGAGCUUAUUUACUGUGUCCAGUUCCAUCACUGCACUGAGCUUAUUUACUGUGUCCAGUUCCAUCACUGCACUGAGCUUAUUUACUGUGUCCAGUUCCAUCACUGCACUGAGCUUAUUUACUGUGUCCAGUUCCAUCACUGCACUGAGCUUAUUUACUGUGUCCAGUUCCAUCACUGCACUGAGCUUAUUUACUGUGUCCAGUUCCAUCACUGCACUGAGCUUAUUUACUGUGUCCAGUUCCAUCACUGCACUGAGCUUAUUUACUGUGCCAGUUCCAUCACUGCACUGAGCUUAUUUACUGUGUCCAGUUCCAUCACUGCACUGAGCUUAUUUACUGUGUCCAGUUCCAUCACUGCACUGAGCUUAUUUACUGUGUCCAGUUCCAUCACUGCACUGAGCUUAUUUACUGUGUCCAGUUCCAUCACUGCACUGAGCUUAUUUACUGUGCCAGUUCCAUCACUGCACUGAGCUUAUUUACUGUGCCAGUUCCAUCACUGCACUGAGAAUCUUCAAUGGCAGUAAACAGUGACGCAACAAGAUGCCAACGAGGACAACAAAAAACUACCGUAGGCCAAUAUCUUCAAUUUCUUAAACAAUUGUUGAGCUCUUGCUGUGUCGCUGUUACAACCAUUGAAGAUGCUCAGUGCAGUGAUGGAACUGGACACAGUAAAUAAGCUCAGUGCAGUGAUGGAACUGGACACAGUAAAUAAGCUCAGUGCAGUGGUGGAACUGGACACAGUAAAUAAGCUCAGUGCAGUGGUGGAACUGGACACAGUAAAUAAGCUCAGUGCAGUGAUGGAACUGGACACAGUAAAUAAGCUCAGUUGAAAAGAGGGCUCUUUUGGUCUCGGCGCAUCGACUCUGCUUUUAACCUCAGGCAGCUUAAAUGGCCUACUUAGAUAGUGACAAGUCUCCUUUUGUACAGUUUCACAGUCAAGCCAACCCUCCCAGAACAUAGACUUCCCACACUAUAGGAUGUUAUAUUGUUCCUCAAUCAUCACAGAACUGCCUAAUGUCUAUAUACCAUCUACAAUAGUUUUUAGUCACCUAACCUCUGUCUUGAAGGAUAUUCCCAACACUUUAGAAUGCAAUUUAUAUUUUGCAUUCUUCAUCAUCCUAAUGUAGACUGAUUGGGUUUAGGUGUAGAUCUAGGGGGAUUAAGUUGUCUAUCUUAUAACAUAGCUACAGUAUAACCCAAAAAAUACUGAAAUGUAUGAAAGUUGUCAUAGAAAGCUCAAACAAGGAAAUGUUAUUAGCGUCCAGUGAAAUGUGCCCACCCACUGGGAUGUGUCAUGGUGACUUAGUGAAUGGAUCUCACAUUUUAGCAACCUACACCAAAGAUGAUCUAUUAUAUUGACAAGAGUGACCGCUAUAAUAAUGGAAAUACAUGUCCUCAAAGAUGGAAGGCAGGCGGGAGGAGGCGAGAUCAGGUGGGACCAUUCUAGCCAAUGAGAGGGAAGAUACACACGUGAACAACAAGAACAACUUCCAUACAAAAUUGUUUGAUAUCAGUGCAUUCGUAACAACCUACCAAUCACAAAACUUCUAUUUGAUCAAUUAAGCCUCACAUAGCAAAUAAGUUAUUCAACUUUUUGUUGACCAAAUUCAACACUCAUUGACCACCAAACAAAAAUUCCUCACUUCGUGGUCUUACUUUCUUGGACAGAUUUUGGGUGGAGUAAACCCUCUCGCUUCGCAUCCUCUUUGCCUACACACACACACACACACCUCUGUUACACAAGCCUCUGGCACCUCUCACAUUUGGCAGAGCACUUUUCAGCUCUUUUCAACUUUAUAGUAUGUUAUAUAAUUAUUAUGCUGCAUCAUUGGCACAGGUCCCGAAUGUGUAGAUAUUUUGAGCAGUGGGGUUUUUGGUGAAGUUUACACUGGAUUGCUCUUUCCCGCCUCCCCCCUUGUACAUAAGAACAUGUUGUAAAGGAAUACAUUCUUGGCACCCAUAUAGCCAGCACUAUGCAGACAUUUCUUUGGCAUGCUUUGAAAUGCAGAAAAACUGUAGAGGAAACAACAUAAAGUCUGUUCAACAUUUUAACCAUGUGAAUAAAGAUGUUAAUAAUAUUGUUCAUAAUAAUGACGAUGAGGAGUAUAAUGAUAAUGAACAAGACGACUUUAAUAUUGUGCACAUUUUAUUUGCAUGCUGCACUGAGAAUCUUUUCAGAAAUGAGAGGGUGGAUGUACAAGGAAGGCAGCUGAUUUUGGGCUGUGUGUUUGUGGCUGUGUAGAGUAAUACACUGUAUACUUCCGGGUCAUGGAAGAGUAACAUAUACUGUACUUCCUGGUCAUGGGAGAAAGGGACACUGAAAAGUUACAAGAUAGUGUAACGUUAUGGAGGAUACAUGUGCGGGGCUAUGGCCAGCUCUGCCACAGUUGGCUUUCAGACCAGGGACUAUGAAUAAUAAUACAUUUCUAGCCUGACCAUGUUGGAGUGCAUCGCCUAUGUCACCCUGUUCAUAUCAGACACUACAGGAAGCUAGAAGACAGAAGCAGCUCCAGGUCUUGAUUGUGUGAUAGCGUUAUACAUGGUUGACUUUAUAUAACAUUUCAAAUAUUUAUUUCAAUAAACCUC